AUGGGAAGCGACAGGAAAUCCGAAGAGAAGAAGAAGAGUAGGAAAAGGAGCACUUCGUCAGAUUCUGAAGAUGAGAGAAAAGGUAAGAGGCAUAGACCUGUAGAAGAUGAGGAAAGGAAGAGCAGAAGGAGUGAUAAGAAGGAGAAGUCAAAGGACAAGAAAAGGUCACAUAAGCACUCGAAACACCAUUCUGAUAAAGAAAAGAAGACAAAGGAUAAGCACAAAAGUAAACAUCACAAAGGUGAUCGCCACUUGAAAAUUGAGUUCCAAGAGCUGUCCACUGAUGACUAUUUUUCCAAGAACAAUGAGUUUUCUACAUGGCUGAAAGAAGAGAAAGAUGUGUUCUUCUCCGAUCUUUCUUCAGAGUCUGCACGCCAACUAUUUUCAGACUUUGUGAAAGUUUGGAACAAGCAAAAGCUCGAAUCCAAAUACUACGAGGGGAUUGCGAGUGGGCCCCGGUGCGCCCAUAUGUGGAAAAUUAAUGGCUGA